GAGAGGGGGAGGAGAGAGAGAAGCAGAGGAUCAGUUAGUGCCGCGGAGCACGGGAGUCAGCAACACAGACAGAGAGAGAGAAAGAGAGUGACAUUAGGAGGAAAAAGAGCUGGACUAAGACAGACGACUAACUGGAGGCGUGUGGGAGAGAAAGGAGGAGAGAAAAGAGGUGUGUGGAUGGGAGGAAGAGCUGAGAAAGGAGUGGAGAGUGAAAAAGAGAUGGACGGAAGAACUGCUAUACCCUUCUUCUCUCAUCCAAUGAAGAACUGAAUCACAUGCUCAUUAAUGACCCAGAGGUACGAGGACCAAUCGCCAGACUGAGUGGUGACGUCAUACCAGUGACAGAGGCAGAAUUGGGACCACCAUGGAUUCUAUGGCAAAAAAGCAUCAGUAGUCUCACACACUGUAACUCAUACUCUCCACUCAGAUAUAAGACUGCCUCCCCCAACUGUGAUGUCACAGAGUGGCUCCUUCUCUUCCAGCUCCUCUGGGGGCUGAGCCGGGGCUAUGGGUAGAAGGGUGGCUGAUCCGACCAAUCCAGUGCCUGCGCUCGGGGUGCCCCUGGCGGGGGGGCGAUGGGGUCCGCUGUGCAGCGUGGGGGUGCAGACCUCCCCUGGCCUUAGGACCCUCCCGUCAAUCAAACUCAACCAGCCAACCAGUACGCAGCACCCAGAGACAAGGAGUAACAACCAUGUCACCACGGUAUUGACCAUGCCCUCGGAAACGGUUUUUUCGUGUAACUCAUGCAGCAGUGGCGGCAGCGGUGGUUUUGCCGUUUCCAAGGAGAGGAGUCAGAAUGCGAUCAACAGUCUGACACAGGACGACAUGGGGUCACAGGGGUCAGGGGGCGGGGUCUACUGUCAGAUCAAAACCAUAAGGACCAAUCCCAGGGAGUCUGGUCACAGGUCCAGCGGGAAACGGACGUCUCGAUACACCAAUGGGAGUGUGGUUGCCCCUGAGGUGGUGGGUGGGGUAUGUACUGAGGGUGCCGAGGGGAACGAGCCAAUCAGAGAGAGGAGGAGGGUCCAGUCUCUGAGAGGGGAGGAGUCUCGCCCUGUGCUGAGGUCAGGGAGUGUGUCUCAUUCUGUGAGCUCUCACGCCACGCCUCCAAGGCCCUGUAGAAUGAUGACAUCAUCGCCCCGUCUCUGUGGAACCUGCGGGCGGAGACAGUCCCAGGCCCCACCCACUUGCAUGGCAACUGCAUGCCGCAGGCGAGCGGCCAACAAGAUCACAGAAAGCCAGACCCUCCCGAAUCCUCCCAGGAAACAGUCCGUACUCCUCAACCAGAACCGGAAAGACUCCCCUGUACUGAACACACACACACACACACCACCAACCACACACAAAGCUGUGAAGAACACUCAAACACAAACUCAGACAUUGCCCUCUCCACACACAACCCAAAAGACACACACGCUCACGAAAGAUUCACCUGUGCCCACAUGCUCCAACACUAAGGAUACACAGCACACACAUACAGACCCAGAACCCAGUUUACCCAGGUUACAUCAGAAAGAAACACACACACAGACAGCAGACACACACUCACACACCACAGAGAAAUACACAUCUAGGCCAAAUAAAUCCACAAAAAAUACUCCAGCUACACAGCCUUUACCGGACAAAAACACAGAGACGUCAUCUGACAACCAACACACACCACCAAACUCAUCUACACAAGUCACCCCCAAGCCACCACCCCCAGUCCUCCUCAUAGGCAAAAAAUCCUCGGCCCCUGGCCCUCUCCCACCUAAAACCUCCCCCAACCCCUACCACACUGUCCAGGUGAACCCAAAACCAGCACCGCCUGUCCUUCAGACCCAACCCAAACAUACACCCCUCACCCCCUCCCUGCUCUCCAAAAUACCACCAGCACAACCAAUCAAAAAAGAAGACUCCAAAACCCCUGGCCAAUCAAAAGAUGCAAAUGCUCUGCAUGCUGCCCAUGUGGCCCCACAGUGCAAUGGGGCACCAGGAGGUAUGGCGGGGUUACCAGGUGGGGUACAGGGGUGUGUGUCGGGGGGCCUCCACGGGCGUCUUCACAGCGUGGAAGAGAGUCUGCUCUCCAACCAGGAGAAGAUCAAAGUCCUCCUCAAUGUUAUCCAAGACCUGGAGAAAAGCAAGGCCCUCAGCGAAGGGCGCUGCUCUUACAGAACUGGACAGGAUAUCAACAACUGCCCCACCUGUCAGAAGACUGCCUGCAUCAUAUACAGUGUGGAGCAUGACUUCAGACAGCAAGAGGGGAGGUUCCAGCCAGUGAUGGAAACUCUAGAUGGGGUUUACGAUGUCCCCCUCCCUGUCCCCAAACCUCCCACCUCCCGCCCCAGCGCCAAGGCCCGUGUCAAGAAGCUACGCAAGAAGUGUUUCUGGUGGCUAUAGAUACACAUCCUGUCGCCGGGGGUACAGUCGCCACGGAGAAGUUGCGGGCUGCUGUUACCAAGGGGAUUGGACAGGUGUGUGUUGAUGGACCAUGGCGACUGUUCCUGUGUCUUUGAUGUUGCUAUAGGAACUGUACACCUAUUAUGGUAGCUGAGCUACAGAGAUGCUACACCUUAGAAACAGUUGGAGUGUGGAUAACAUGGAGAACAAUAAGUUACCAUGGACAACUCUAUGAGGUGUGGACCAACUGAUAGAGUUCAAGUCUUGGGAUCACUGCUUACUGGAUUUUAAAGAGACACUAAACUGAGUGACUUUGUCCCUGACCAACAGAGUUACUGUGCUACUGUGCUAGGUUGGACACAUAAGGGACACGGUUUAAGAGUGUCUAGUGGUGACUCUGUUAGGUCAAAGGUCCCAGUGCUUGAACAUAGAUGAGCACCUAUUCACAUUCCACGACCUACAGAGUGACCAGUCCAUCUACAAUCCCUUUCAGAGAGUGACAGGCCACGUAACCAAUCAACACACGCUUCCACCAGGAUUCUCCCGCAAUACGCAAAACAAAAAAAGUUACUGAGUCAUACUCAGCACAAACAAUAUACACACACAGUAUAGCAGUAAACACAUCACUUACACACACACACGCACACGCACACGCACUACAAUUAUAUCCACUCUACACUAUGAGCUUUCAUUUUUCCACAGCGCUAUUGGCUAAAACACCAGCUCAACCAAUAAUAAUCUCAACCUUUCCUUCCAAGACCACACCCUAUUUACUGUUUAACCAAUAAUCAGCCCCGGUCCCUAACCUGCCACAUCAGUGCUUUUUAAUAGAUCGCUCUUCCCAUCCCCAUGUGUGAUCUCCCACAAUGCUUUUCUCUUCCUUCUCCUCUCGCUGUGUUGUUUGCAAUAGUUAUAUUGGGAUCCAAUAAAAGAUGUGUAUUUUAAACAGAGCAGAUCAUUUCCUGCUUGAACAGGGGUUCCCUAUUCCCAUGACGACACACCUAAAGCACUAUUGCCCACCACCAUUCAGGAUGAAGCUGUGGCACUCUGGAGGACUGGUCAAAGCGGAUGGAGGGCUAUAAGAGGGCUACAACGUGCUAUUUCAAAGGGUAGAAUAAAGGUCACUAAACUGGAAGAAAGUCUACAGACUGAAACAAUCAGUAGUUUCCCAAAUACUUCCUGUGUUUUAGACCCUCCUAUAGCUUGGGGGGGAAUUGCUCGUCUCCCUUCAAGUAAACACUAAGUAAACAACUCCAUCGUUUUUAGCCAGAACCCAAUUUUAAGCCGUGGCCCAAACUGAAUUGGCCACAACCCACCAGCAGGACACAAAUAACAAUUUGUGAAACAUUAAAAGGACUGAAGAGAAGGAUUUAGAAAGCAGCCAGUGUGCGGCGGUACUCUGCGAUCGAAAGCAGUGGGGCAAUUCUUUUCCAUGGAGGGGCCACAUUGGAAUAUAUUAUUGCCAUCGCGGGCCAGAACCAUAGUACAGGGUUAAACAUCAUGUGUAUGACUGUGUUGACAGAUAUAGCUACAGUAAAUCACAUCCAGAAAUGCUACUUAUUUGACUUUUUAACAUGUACAGAAAUAAACCACUUCCAUGUU